CCGGCCAAACUUAUUAGCGCCGGUCGGUGUUCUCUUCAUGUGACGAAUCAUUGACCGUUAGUUUCAAAUCCCAACAUGGGCAACAAGUUAAGAAAGUUCAAGGACUCCAUAAUGAAUCCCACAGGCGACCAGGAGGGAACGUCAGCUCUAACAGAGCCACCCAAAGAAGAACUUAAUAAGCCCCCGGCCAACACUCAGUCGCCGGACACGCCGCUGCCGACCAACACGACCGCCCACACGAACGCCGAAGCUGGCGGUGUUGGCGAUUCCCCGGAGAAUGUGAUGAAGUCGGAGCCGACUUCAACUGACCCUAGUUCAGCUAAUGCCCCAGCAGCUGGUCAGUCAUCCUCAACGCCACCGCCCGUAAGCGGUGUGGAC